AUGCGAGUGUCCCCGGAGGCGCGGUGCUCCACACGCUGGUUGCUGGUGGCUGUGGGGACCCCGCGGCUGCCGGCUGCAGCGGCGAGAGGGGCCCGGUCGCCCAUGGGGGGCGUGGUGGGGGCGUCGCUGAGCCGCAGUCUGAGCGUCACCGCCUUCGCGCCUUCCCUGGGAGCUCGCGGUCCCGGGGCGCUGCUGACAUUGAGACCUGGUGUCAGCCUCACAGGAGUAAGAAGUUACCCUUUUGUUUGUACUGCCUCCUUCCACACAAGCGCCCCUUUGGCCAAAGAGGAUUAUUACCAGAUAUUAGGAGUGCCCCGAAGUGCCAGCCAGAAGGAGAUCAAGAAAGCCUAUUACCAGCUUGCCAAGAAAUAUCACCCAGACACGAAUAAGGAUGAUCCCAAAGCCAAGGAGAAGUUCUCCCAGCUGGCAGAGGCCUAUGAGGUCCUGAGUGAUGAAGUGAAGAGGAAGCAGUAUGAUACCUAUGGCUCUGCUGGCUUCGAUCCUGGGGCCAGUAGCUCUGGGCAGAGCUACUGGAAAGGAGGUCCCACUGUUGACCCAGAGGAGCUCUUCAGGAAGAUCUUUGGGGAGUUCUCAUCCUCCUCUUUUGGAGAUUUCCAGAGUGUGUUCAGUCAGCCUCAGGAGUACAUCAUGGAGUUGACGUUCAAUCAAGCUGCCAAAGGCGUCAACAAGGAGUUCACUGUGAACAUCACUGAUACCUGUGAACGGUGUGACGGCAAAGGGAAUGAGCCCGGCACCAAGGUGCAGCACUGCCACUACUGUGGCGGCUCCGGCAUGGAAACCAUAAAUACAGGCCCUUUUGUGGUGCGUUCCACAUGUCGGAGGUGCGGUGGCCGGGGCUCCAUCAUCACAUCUCCCUCCGUGGUGUGCAGAGGAGCAGGACAAGCCAAGCAGAAGAAGAAGGUGGUGAUCCCCGUGCCUGCUGGAGUCGAGGAUGGCCAGACUGUGAGGAUGCCUGUAGGAAAAAGGGAAAUUUUCAUCACAUUUAGGGUGCAGAAGAGCCCUGUGUUCAGGAGGGACGGUGCAGACAUCCACUCCGACCUCUUCAUUUCCAUAGCUCAGGCCAUCCUUGGGGGCACCGCCAGAGCGCAGGGCCUAUAUGAGAGCAUCAACGUGACGAUCCCCCCUGGGACUCAGUCAGAUCAGAAGAUUCAGAUGAGCGGGAAAGGCAUCCCCCGGGUUAACAGCUAUGGCUAUGGAGAUCACUACAUUCAUGUCAAGAUCAGAGUUCCAAAGAGACUGACAAGCCGGCAGCAGAGCCUGAUCCUGAGCUACGCUGAGGACAAGACCGACGUGGAGGGGACGGUGAACGGCGUCACCAACACAAGCACUGGAAAACGGUCCACUGGAAACUAGGCUGGGAGCAGCAGCCCUUCCUUGUGGCCAGGGCACCUUGGAUGCAGGAGGAUUCCACACGACAGCACCGAGCCCCUGCCUGCAGAGGCCCUCUGGACCACCCUGGCAACAACAAAAUCAUGUGACAACGCACCUCCCCAUGGAAGGGGCAUGGUGGACAGCCCCUGGGCAGUAAGGCAUGGCAGGCCUAAGGGCUGGUAGUUUACUGUCCAUGGGUAGGUAACUCGGCGUCUCCUGGCUCCGGCAGAGUCAGACAGCUGGACACUUCUUGUAGAGCUAAAAUUCUAAUUUGGAAUC